AUGCCUGGUGUUGAGAAUUUCGUAAACAGUGCUAACGGCAACAUUCCACACCCAGAGAAGAUUUUCGGGGAAGAAAAUGCUGUUUUGAGGGAUUGGAACCCAAAAGCUCUUGUUAGAGCGUUAUACGAGGUGUCUUAUGAGCCAAGAGUGGAAACCAAACGAAAUCGGUUUGUCUAUAUGGAAGGCCACGUUGAGGUUCCUUCUGAAGAAACAUCCACGGUGGCAGAGUUAGAGAGACAUUGGAAGCAACUGUAUAUGCGAACUAAAGAGGGGAGAUUACAAAUUUUCGCGUCCCAUUGUGCUGAUGAAGCGCCCGCUGAAGAGAUUGUGCUCUCCGGUGUCGAUGUAGAUGCGAAUAGAGACGAACGAACACUUACUAUACACGGUGGACGUGACCAUAUCAAAUUGACUUUACGCGUACAAUCAAACGUUUUCGACAAGUGGAGACACUCACUACUCUCCCAUUCUGCCUCCUCGCAGAUCGACGCGUAUGUAAAACCGAUUCCGAAGACGUUCCAACACCUCACCGAACGAGUGGUUGUUCUCGAACUUGGUUCAUGCUCAAUUCGUGGGGGCGUGUUAACAACGGAACCGAGCCUUCCACAAUCCUUUUUUCCAGCCAUCGCUGUGCGUACUGAUGAUGGCAGAAUAAUUGUUGGUGAAGAUGCUUAUGCUCCAGAGAUUCGCCAUAACGGGGAGUUCGUUCGACCCAUUCAAGCUUACGAUCCUUCUGUAGAGAGGUACAUAAUGGAUCAUGAGGUUGUGAAAGCGUGUGUGCAAAAAGUUAUCAAGGAUCUCAAUAUUAAACCUUCAGCUUACAAAGUUCUCCUCUCAAUACCCCAAAAUAUCCCAAUCGCUCUAAUUGGUGAACUACUUACACUGGUUUUGAAGGAAUACUGUGGUUUUCAGGGUGCUGCAAUCACCCGGCAGCCUUCCCUAAUCCUCUAUGCAUACGACGUCACAACAGGUGUGGUUGUUGACAUUGGAGAUCGUUUAAAUAUUGUUCCUGUUAUCGAUGGAUAUGUGGUCGGGUCAGCAAUUUGUUCAAUACCGUAUGGAGCAACACAAGUUCGAGAAGCGUUGAGGACUACAUUGUGUUCUAACAACAAAGGGCUGUAUUCAUUCCAGAGUCCUAUAGAAAAGCUGAUUCUUCGAUAUGUGCUUGAGCAGACAAGUUAUGUGCCUGACGAUUACGCACAAGAGGAAAAGUCUUCGAAAGAAGUUUAUGUGUCUCUCGACAAAUUUGAUCCUUUGCCAGGAAUGUUGACGAAAUUUAGUAUCGACAGUUCCCGGUUUCUUUGUACAGAAGGUCUUUUCCGACCGAAAAAAUGGGGUCUUGAUACGAAAGGACUGCACCAGCUUGUACACGAGGCUGUUCAGAUGAGCCCAAUAGAUAGCAGGAGGACGCUGUACAGGAACAUCUAUCUUGCUGGUGGAGCAUCUUUAUUGCCAGGCCUAGCUGAAAAGCUAGAACAAGAACUUGCAGCUAUCGUACCGAACACUAUUCACACACAGGUACAUAUCUCUCCGUGGAGAUACAACGCUGCAUAUUUGGGAGCACAGAUAGUCGCAUCAGCAGCAACGUUCAGUGAUAGUUGUGUUUCGGUCGAAAACCUACCAAAAUUUUUAUCAAAUCUGCAGUCUUCUUCGUUCUAA